AUGGCGCCCCAACCCAAAGUGGAUCGCUCGUUUGGAGCCUUGACGCCUGCGCUCUCUGAAUGGAUUCUCGAGGCUGUGGACGCCAUGGGCUUCGUAAAGACCACACCGGUGCAGCACGCCGCCAUUCCCAUGUUCAUGAAGAACUCCGAUGUUGUCGUCGAAGCUGUUACAGGAAGUGGAAAAACUCUUGCCUUUCUAAUACCCAUUAUUGAGCGCCUACUUCGACUCGAUGUGCCAAUCAAGAAGCAUCACGUGGGUGCUAUCAUCAUUUCGCCAACACGGGAACUAGCAACCCAGAUCCACACUGUCUUAUGCUCGGUUCUCAAGUUCCAUGCUCCGUCAGCUGCAGCACUCGAACCAGAGGACGAGGACAGCGACAUGGAAGACGCAGAUGCCCCGCCAAAACCAACGUUCCCUGCUGGGACCCUCAAAGUCGUGCCUCAGCUACUUCUUGGUGGUUCAGUCACACCUGCUCAAGACCUCAGCGCAUUCUUGAAGAAGCAGACCAACGUCCUCAUUGGCACACCUGGAAGAUUACUCGAGCUGCUCUCUUCUCGACAUGUUCAUUGUUCAUCGUCAUUUGACGCCCUCGUCCUUGACGAGGCUGAUCGCCUUCUAGAUCUUGGUUUCAAGGACGAUUUACAGAAGAUCCUGUCACGACUUCCUAAGCAACGGCGAACAGGACUAUUCAGUGCCAGUGUCAGUGAAGCCGUCGACCAACUUAUCCGUGUAGGCCUACGCAACCCGGUCCGGAUUGCUGUCAAAGUCAAAGCGAGGGCAGCCGAGAAUGGUCAGAUUGAGGAUAAACGGACACCUGCCAGCUUACAAAUGUCCUACCUUGUAACACCACCUUCGCACAAGCUCCCCGCUAUCAAGCAGAUUCUUGCCUUGGUGCAGCCACAGCCGCAGAAGACCAUAUUCUACUUGGCCACAUGUUUUGCUGUCGACUACUUCCAGCAUGUACUUCCAGAAGUACUCAAGGGCCACACCAUCGUUCCACUCCACGGGAAACACCCUGACAAGGUCCGUCGAAAGAACUUCACCAAGUUUGUCGACAGCGUCACACCUUCGAUCUUACUAACUACCGAUGUCGCCGCUCGCGGGUUGGACAUUCCUUCCGUAGAUCUUGUCUUGCAGCUCGAUCCUCCAAGUGAUCCAAAGACCUUUAUUCAUCGUUGUGGUCGUGCCGGACGCGCAGGGCGGAAGGGUCUCGCUGUCACUUUCCUCACACCAGGCCUCGAGGAGGACUACGUCGAGUUUCUACGUGUGCGGCAAACUCCUGUUAUGCCACUCAUAAAUCCAAGCAUUGCCGUCACCCCAGAAGACAUCGAGCAAACCACCAAUGCGAUCAGGAAGGUUGCCAAAUCCGAUCGUGCUAUCUACGACAAGGCGCAACGCGGGUUUGUGUCCUGGGUUCGUGCGUACAGCAAGCACACCGCUAGCUCCAUCUUUCGUGUCGAGGAUCUGGAUUGGACUGAGCUUGGAAAUGCCUGGGGUCUGCUCCGACUUCCCCGCAUGCCUGAAACGAAGAAGUGGGAGGGCGAUAAGUCACUCGGUGUUGCGAUGGACUUCGAUGCUUUCGCGUACAAGGAUAAGUUGCGCGAGCAACAGCGUCAGACUGAGCUCGCAGAGGCUACAGCUCAAGGUGGCACAGGCAAGAAAUUCGUCAAGGAAAACAAGAUUGCAAAUGCCUGGACGCAGCAGAAAGAACACAAAGCCACCAAAGAGCUCAGGCGUGAGAAGAAGCUGUCGAAGCGUGAGCACGACCGUAGAUCGAAGCUGACUGACGAAGAACGGAAGAAAGAAGAGGAACUAGACAAGAUGAUUGCACAGAUGCGCGAGAAGGUGAAGCAGACAGAAGCUGCUGAGGAGGAAGAUGAAUUCAAGGGAUUCGACGAUUGA